AUGCCUCCGUCCGCGAGGAGAUCGUCCCAGAGGACGCGCAGGGCGAGGGACCCAAGCCCCAGUCCCGUCCGCGAACUGUCGUCCCCAUCAAGACCUGCCAAGCGCAGAAGAAAGGCGCAACCAGACCCCCCGUCAGAGCCGGCCGAAGAGGAGGACUCUACCCUCACGGUCGAGAACGGUGUCAACCCCGACGAGGCCCUGAUCUCGCAGGUCACCCAAUGUCUGGCCAGCAUCCCCACCCACGCGAGCAAGCACCACGCCAACGCCCUGCAGGAGUCCGGCAAGGACAUCUCGGCCUACGCCAAGAUCGCCGCCCAGGAGUGGACGUACUUUGUCAAGCACCUCGUCGUCAACAUCGGCCGUGCCACCGAGGAUGUCCAGGCUCCGCCCCCGACCGACCCGGACCACAAGGACUUUGUGCACAUUGAUCUCGGCCCCAGCAAGGUCUUCUCCCGCAGGACCGCCGUCAUCUACUUCGACGCCGAUGCCAACCCGGACUCGGAGCACGGCAGCUGGUUCCUGCAGGUCAUGGGCCGCAACGGCUUGAAGGUGAAUGGCACCAUUCUUAAGAAGGACGACGAACCCCAUCUGCUGUCGAGCGGCGAGGUCAUCGAGGUCGGCGGCAUCGAGAUGAUGUUCGUCCUGCCUCCCAACCUGGGCGCCCUCCAUAUCCAUGACAUGUACACAUCGCGCAUCGGCCACGGACCGCCGCAGCCCGCCAAGCCGCUGAAGUCCAGUCCCGCACCAGAAUCGCGCACCGUCCUGCCGCUGCCAGUCCCGGAUCCCGUCGGCGCUCGUCAAGCCGGCCGCGGCCAGGCCGCAUCGCAGAGCUCCCUCCAGCAGCUCGCGCCUGCGCCUCCGGACUACAAACGCCCGGGCACUCCGCCCUCGGCUGCCCGGGGCCGCAGUAACGUUCUGCACCAGAAGUCGCCGGCCUACGGCAGCUCCGGCACCAUGCUGAUGAACCCGAAUGACGUCGACCUCAGCCUGGACGAGAACAAGCACAUCAAGCCGCUGUUCAGCUACGCCCAGAUGAUCACUCAGGCCAUCGUGAGCACGGUCGAGUCCAAGCUCAACUUGAACGGUAUAUAUCGCUACAUCAUGGAUCAUUACGCAUACUACAGGCAUCAACCACCCAGUGGGUGGCAGAAUUCGAUUCGCCACAACUUGUCUCUCAACAAGUCCUUCAGCAAGGCACCAAGGUCCACCGACGAGCCUGGCAAGGGCAUGAAAUGGGAGAUUGUCCCUGAGCAGAAGGAGGAGAUGAUCCGCACCGCGUAUAAGAUAGGCCGCGGCGGUCAUCGCGGAUCUUCUGCGCCGUCUUCCCCCAAUCAGCCCAGCCAGUUGAACUACAUCAACCAGGGCCCCAAGGAGAUGUCCAGCCGUGGGCCGGGCUCGGCGAGGAAGCGCAAGCUGUCCCCGGUUGCCUCGCCGCCGCCCAGCUCGUCGCUCAACCCGACACAGACACCCGAUCAUCGCUCACGAUAUGAUGCAACGGGUCCCGCCAGUUUCCAGGAUGGCAGUCCUCUGCCCCGGCCUCGAAAGGCUCUAAACGCCUCCAGCUCCUUCGCUACUUCCACCACCGACGGUCUUCCGCGCUCCCCUCCUACCCUGUCGUCCUCUUAUCUCCAGGACGAGGGCGCACCCUUCGUCACACCCGCACCGCAGCGUCUCCAUCCUCGUCUGGCGCCCCCGAGCACGGCCCAGAGACCCAGCCAACAUAUGCCCACCAGCUCGCCAGCCCCCUUCUGGAAGUACGCCGACAUUGGGAGCACGCCGCUGAGGGCUCUCCCCUUCGAUCCCAGCCCGUCGAAGCCGGCACUGCCUGGUAGCAGCAGCCCCCCGCCACCUGCCGAGGGCAGCCGCUCACCCCUCGCGAGCCCGACUCGCUCUACGGUCCGUGGGGAAUCCAAGGAGACGACCACGAUGGAGCCCGAGGAGGAAGAGGAGGAGACCGGCGGGUUUGAUCUCACCAAAGGUUUCCAGAGCAUCGGAGCCUACCAUGCGCCUAUCAGUCGCGGGCUAGGUGUGCCGAGAGCCAACGGUCGCUAG